AUGGAGGAGGAAGAGGAGUUGCUGCUAAAGAGCCUUGAGUGGAAAGGGAAAGGACUCAUUCAGAGUGCAUAUGACAUUAAGAAAACAGCUAAACCUCAGCUGGAGAAAGCAGAUGAAAGGAAGAAAAGGGACUGCCUAAGAUUCUACAGACCCAAGUUCGCCUAUAUUUUCUGUGAUAUGGAUGGCACACUGCUUAACAGCAAAAGUCAGAUUUCAGAAGCUAAUGUGAAAGCUUUAAAAGAAGCCACACUGAGAGGACUUAAAGUCGUGAUAGCUACAGGGAAGUCCCUCCCAGGUGCGAUGAGAAUCUUGAAAAUGGCUGAUCUAGCUGGACGUGCGAUGAGAAUCUUGAAAAUGGUCGCCCAGUCCAGUCUUGAAGUUUAG